AUGAGUCCCAUCAAUAGUUUGUGGUUCAAGUGGAAGAGCCUUAAACUGCCGUGGCGAAAAUCCUUCCUAGCGGGAUCGGACUUGCGCGGCAACACGUUCUGGGAAUUCAAAGAUGCACUGAACGCCUCGCGAUACCGACGCAUCGUGAAAGUCGACCCGAAAACCCAUCUCGGAGAUGUCCAAGUGAGCCCGCAAUGGCACCAAUGGCUCCGACACAUGCGAAAGGACGCGCCGACCAUUGAAGAACAGCAACAGGAUCUUGUCCGCCAAGCUCAGAUCAAGCAAUUAGCCCGACUGGCCGACGAGCGAUGGGCCAGCAAACCGUCCUACCUUGAUAAGCCGCAAACCCAGCAACCUGCGCCAGCAACCAAGACGAGCGAUGAUACGAUGAAUGCGCCGGCACAGGAGGCCGAGACCGAGACCGCUGCAGAACGGGACGAGAUGGAGAAACAGCCGGCCGCGAAGGAGGAUCCAUGGGCCAAGGCGAGGGGGUCGCCGGGCGAGAACUGGCAGCCGGAUUCCUGGUCGCCGAAGGCGUCGGGGCGAUGA